UGCUUUGUAUCUGUGGCUGGGACGGGAGGUUUGAGGCGGGGCUGAUGUCUGCAGACUGUUAACGCGGAGCUUUGGGGGGGAAGGGACACCCAGAAGACGAGAAGCUUACAGAAACUUUAAGGUAUCGAAGCCAACCAGUACUUUCACGGGGGGGGACCCAACUCCCUUUUGGCAGCAGCAAAAGCCAGCGGUCCAGUAGCGAGGGUCCCUGCGGCCGCUCAGCCCGUCCCAGCCAUGAAUGACUCGCAGUGCCUGGACGACUUCCCGGUGGUGUCGCGGUGGACGGCGGCGGUCAAGCAGGAGGUGGGCGUGCGGGACUUCUACAGCGAGAGCCAGCGGCUGGCGCUGGAGGAGUUAGUGGCCAGCGGUCCGGAGGCUUACCACGCCUUCCUGCACCGGGAGAAGAUACCGGGCUUCUUGUCGGCCGACGAGAUCGCCGAUAUCCUGGGCUCCGCCGUUAGACCCUCUGAGUUGUGCGGCGAGUCCCUCGACCAGUCUUUCUGCGAUUCCCUGGGUACCGGUACCUACUUCCCCGAUGUUUCGGACGUGGCCGUUCCCGAUCUGGACCUGGGCUGGCCGAUCUUCCCGCACAAUUGGUACCGAGGAGUGACCCAGGUGGAAGUCCAUUUCCAGCCCAGCUACGGGGAGCUCAUCUACAGUUGUAAGGAGGCGAUCAGGAACCUCAUCAGGAAGGCGGAGAAGGUUAUUGCACUGGUAAUGGACUCAUUCACAGAUAUUGACAUUCUCCAGGACCUCCACGAAGUCUGCAGAAGGAAACGGGUCCCUGUCUAUAUUCUUCUGGAUGAGUCUGGCCUCCCACAGUUUCAGCAAAUGUGUCGGGAUGCUGGUGUCUGGGUGGAGGAGGAAAGGAAGAUGAGAGUGCGCACAUUGAGGGGAUGUACUUACUACACCAGAACAGGAGCCAAGGUUAUUGGCAAAGUGCACGAAAAAUUCAUGUUAAUUGAUUGUGAAAAAGUAGCUACAGGCUCCUACAGCUUCACUUGGACAGACGGCAAGCUGAACCGCAGUAAUCUGACGGUGCUGUCGGGGCAGUUGUCUGAGUACUACGAUGAGGAGUUCAGGAUACUGUAUGCGCAGUCCGAGCCAAUACCACCCGGGUACACCGGCCGCAGCAACCUUGCUACUUAUGAGAAGCUUGCCCUGGACAGAUUGCAGUCCAAAAAUCCCCCAGUCGCAAAUGCUUUAAGGCUUGGAACUGUGGAGCAUUCUCCGGAUAAGCGCAAACCAGCCGAGAAAAGGCCACACCCGCAGAGUGCUGUCGAUUCCAUGGAGCAGUGCAGGUGUGAAGCAUCGACCCAGGCUGGUGACACCCUACUGAUGAAUAAGGAGGUGAAGAGUGUUUCUAUGCAGACCGAGCUGGAAUGGAUGUCGGUGCCUGGAACUUCUACGCAAGCCUGUGCUUCAAUGAAGGAGAUGGAGACCCAGACUUCAUUCUUCUCAAAGCCAUCAGCAUCCCUCACACCCCCUGCCACUAGGGUCGUGAAACGCGCUCAGAUAAUAGCUUCUUCGGUGCAGGAGUCGCCCACAGAGGUGACUAGCAGAGAGUCAACUUACUCGACUGAUCAGCCUUCUGCCUCCACCACAGAAUCCACCAAUAGUUCUAGUACUUUGUCUGGUAACUCCGUAUCUGAAAGUAAGCCUUGCCCCAAAGCUGCCAGGUAUCCCUACGUGGACCUCUACUGUGCUGACUCCUCCUCUUGGAAGGACACCUUUCACAAGCUGACCACAGAACGGCAGCUGCAUUACUCCACCGUUCGCUCGAAGCUGAACAACAUGGUUGCCAUCCUGUCCAGGAACCGACACCUUAAUGUUAUCCACAGCCGAGGGCAAGGCCAGUACGUCAUGAGGGAUAAGAGAGAGCUGAUGACCCGGGUGUUUGGACUCAGAGAUGUACCCGUACUGUCUUCAUUGACACUAAGAAAUUGACCGCUGUUUUUGAGCCUGUGCCCAGUCACCUCUGCAGUUAAAUAAUCGCAGGGCGUGCAAUGAAUUCUUCAACAAUGAAAUUAGAAUAUUUGAUCCUUUGAUGAAUCCUUUUUUUGCCUGCAGGUUAAAAUUCCAAUUGUUUUUACCAGCCUACACUUCAUUUCUUCACACAAUGGUUGUCAAUGGUUUGGAUGCAUUAUUUUUUUCUUGAAUCGCUGUCAUUCCUUUUGUUCAAAGAAGGGGAUUUUUAACCCCUUUGUUUCAGCUGUACACCGGAGUUUAGCUGUCUUGCCUCUGAAUGGAAAGAUCAUGAUUUCAAGCCCCAUUCAGGCUUGCCGAGGACCCCCACGUUGCCUCUCUCGGAUGAGAUGUCAAAUUGAGGCUCCUGCCACCGGUUGCCUCCAAAGACAAGAUGUGGAAGAUGCCAGGGAAAGCACGUUUGUUUUGUAUAACCACUUCAUCAGUGAUGCCCUUUUCUCCCCUUUUAUCUGUAGUUUUAUUUCGAUCAUCAAUAUGCUCAUAAUGGAGUCAAAAGUUUGAAACUGUUGUUGUGGAAACUGGAAAUGAUCCUGGGGUGGAAUAUGGAAACAGUGAAGAAAUAUUCUCCUGGAGGACUUGAAUGAAUUUGCAUUUGUUUCUUAGGGAAAAAAAUGGAAAAUUUUAAAUACAUUAUCUCAGUUUUGAGGGGCAGAAUACAGUUUUGAUGCAUAAUUAAUUUCUGCUUUGUAACCUGACUGCACUAUAAUGAAGAACAUUUGCGCCUCCAGGCUUAAGGAUGAAGGGAGAGGAAUUCUUUUCCUUGGCCUUGAUUGCUUUGCCUGCAGAUUCAGGAACUUGCAUCCAUAAUCCCUCAAAAAGCAAAUAAAAAUGGUUUAUUUUUUUCAGGGUACAAUCACAAUGUGUCUCAACUUUUGUAAUGUGGGAUGUGAUUUAUAAUUUAUUGCUAUGCAUGAUAUUCCUCCUAUUCAGAGUUUUAACCAAUCCUUUUGAUGUAUCCUACUUUUCCCUUUAUCAUUAUAUCCUCUUUCUCCCUUGCCACCACUCAUUCCCCAAUGUUUAUCCAACUGCCCCUUUAAUACAUCUGCAUCAGGGGUUCCCAACCCGUGGUUCAUGGACCCUGUGCUUAAUGGCAUUUGUCCAUGGCAGAAGAAAGGGUGGGAACACCUGAUCUAUAUGGUUCACUUUACUCAGACCUCGUUGAAUUGAGCUCGGUAUAUACCCACUCUUGAAAAAAAUGUUACUCAUCAAGCACUAGAUUCUUUUUUACUCAUAAAAUGUUUAAUUUCAUUUAUUAACCUUGUGAUCUUCAGUUUUGGACUCUCCCCAGCUUCUACCAAAUUUACCAUUUGUACAUUUAUUGACCUUAUUAGCCUGAGUUUUAGAUUCACCCCUGUCUCAAGCAAAUUUACCACUUGCACUUCAUUAAUUUUAAAUGCAGAUUAAUGGAUUUAUUUUGGGAUGUCAUAAGACCAGAACCCCUUGUUAAACUUGCAUGCAGAAUCUUUCUUUAAAAAAAUAAAACUUUCUUUGUCUGUGCUGGAUUCAAAAUCGGCUGCUUGUCAGUUGAGUAUUGAAUAGAACCCAGCUCAGGGAUCUCUCCAUUCUGCCAAAAUGACUAGGCCCCAAUUACCACGCAAGGUGGAGGCAGGUUUUCGCCAAGUAUCAUCGAUUGCCCAGAUCUCCUGAGCUGUUAGUUAAAGCCUUGCUGGAGCUUCAACUUCAUAUACAGCCAUAGGACUGCUGUUAGAGCAGGACUUUCCAACCCGGGGUCCGCCGACCCCUCUGUUAAUGGUAGGAGUCCACAGUCUAAUGAAGAUUGGAAACCCCUGCUUUAGAGGAUAUUAAGUGUACAUAUACAGCUGCUGAAUGAAGCUUUCCAUCCCAUCUGUCGGAGGCUGCUUGGUCUGCUCCACCCCAGAAUGCCUGACUGGUGUCCGGGUCACUGAGCAAGCCUGAAUCGUAAGUGUUUACAGUGACUAGCUCUUUCUCUAUUUGUGAUUAAUAGCAGGAUUAAUUUGUAAAAACAUGUUUUCCUAUUUUCAGUGGCAUUGUAAUCCUUCCCCUCCCCUAUUUCCUACCUACCCAAACUCCACAGAAGCUGAGCUAAAAUUCACACGUUGUUUUCCAUAACAUCUACUCUGAGCUGCUCCUUAUCUUGACGUUGAGCCAAACACAUUGCAUUGUUCUCUUGACAUAAAAAUUAGACUAACCACCGUGCCUUACCAAGAACUUUUUUUUUGGAGUUUAUACUUUGCAUUUAAAUAGGAGGUGACGAUAUAGGUUUAGUGGACAUCUGUUGCUGCUAAUGGUGGGUUCAUUGGUUGUACUGUCAAUUAUGUUGUAUUUGUCUCAGUGGGCCUGCUGGAGCAACAUUGAGGAGGGAUUGUAAGUCACUGCUGCUCCCAGUUUGUAGGUGGAAAUAGAGCCACUGAAUUCCAAAUUACUGGAGCCCGGAUCAACACUUUCAUUGGGGAUCUUUGCAACAGAGGAUUGAGAACUGAUCAAGGACAUUGAGCUUCAACUGCAGUGAUUUUGGACACUAAUGCACAAAGAGUAGGAUUAUUGAACAAUAUAACUGCCCUACUCCCAUAUUGAGUAUAAUUUAUGAUAGGAGCCUCUUUUUAAUCUGAAGCUGACAAUUAUUUUUAUGAAAAUGGUUUAAUGAUAAUUCUUUUGAAGACUCUAAUUUCAGAAAUUCUGAAGUCAGUGUAUUGUGGCUGGUGGGCGGAAAAAAAAAUACAUGUGGGGGUUUCUGUUGUAACACUAACUGUCUCUUGCAGGUGGUCGCUGAGUUGCUGAGUAUUUCUGACAUUUUUCAUUUAAAUGCCAAGUACCAGCAUCUGGUAUUUUGCCUUUUGUAUUGUGGUGGUCAUUUGGCAACUGAGAUGCAUUUAUUUAGACUGUCUUUAUAUUGGUGGUUGGCUUAAGAUAAACACAGUAGUUUUUAAUAAAGUCUAUAUUGGAAGGAUAAAAAUUCUUUUCAUUUCUUUGCCAUGCGAAUCACACUAGAAAUUUCCUUGCCCAAUUGGGUCAGGGAGUGAGAGGGACAGGUUGCCAAUUGGCAAUCUUAAGCCAUAGGAGAAGAAUUAGGCCAUUUGUCCCAUCAGUUCUGCUCCACCAUUUCAUCAUGGCUGACUUAUUCCCCCCCCACCCCAACCCUAUUCUCCUGCCUUCUCCACGUAACCUUUAGACACGUUUACUAAUCAAGAACCUACCAACUUCUGCUUUAAGUAUACCCAAUGACUUGACCUUCAAAGAUGUCCAUGACAAUGAAUUCCACAGAUUCACCACCCUCUGUCUGACUGAAGAAAAUUCCUCCUCCUCUCUAAAGGGACAUCAGUGUAUUGUGAGGCACUCCCAGUAUUGGAAACAUCCUCUCCAUGUCCACUCGAUCUAGGCCUUUAAAUAUUCAGUAUAUUGCAAAGAGAUUUCUCUCUUCCCCCCAAUCUGCCAUUCUUCUAAACUCCAAUGAAUACAGGCCCAGAGCUAUCAAACACUCCUCAUACAUUAACUGUUGCCUUCCAGGGAUAAUUCUCAUGAACCUCCUCAGGACCCUCUCCAGAGUCAGUGACUUUUUCAGGGUUUCUUCCCUAUUGGGGGAAUGUACUGGUUGCCAUAGGAGUACUGAUCUAUCGCUCGUGUUAACAAGGAACACACCUAGACGUAUUGGGAGCAGCCUGCAAGAAUUGCCACACAUUCCAAUGCCAACAAUGUUCAGCAGAACAGCACGGCAGCAACAACAAUAAAGCAAGACAAGAUGACAGUAGUUUCACGCUUUGGAAUUGAGGUAGGAACUCCACAAGCUGUUCAGCUAUGAGAUUUAACUGUCACCAUAAAUCCCCUAGGUAUUUCAGGUGGCACCGAAGUGUGACACUUGGUGCAUCAGCGACUGGGGUCCGUGAUGCUACACCAGUGAACAGGGUUCAAUUCCCGAUGCUGUCUCCAAGGGGUUUGUACGUUCUCCCCAUGACGGCAUCCACAUUAGAGAAAAGAAAUUCAAUAGAAUCAAUGGAAAAACUGCACACAGCAGACUGACAAAUAGACAAUGUGCAGAUAAAUAAAUAUUACAGAGAACACAAGUUGUAGAGUCCUUGAAAAUGAGGUUAUAGGUUGUGGAAUCUGUUCUGUUACGUACCCCGUAACAGGUUAAAGAACCAGCAGAAAUGGAAAACACCUUGGAGUCUGGUAUUGCUGUUAACUAACACUAUUUUAUUAGUAACUGCUCAAUACAGUAAUAUAAAAUCAGGUAAAUCAAACAGGUUAGCAAAGUUCAUGCAUUAUAUAAGUGUGGAAAUAUAAAAACCAAGCUUCUUCAAGCCUAGGGGGUAAAUGGAUACAGUCUUACGAUGAUAGGUAAAUGAGAUCAGUUCAGUUCGUGGUACUGAGUUGAGUAGUGAUGGAGAGGGAGAGGUGUUGUGGUUGUCCGAGUAAGCCAAUGCCGUUGAUUCUUCCCAUUGUCCUCCGAAACUUCCAAGUUAGCCAAACUUAACCAACUUAAGAGCGCCGUCUUCAAAUGAUAGUCUACCAACCCAGGCAAAGGUUAGACACACUGGUAGACUCCACAGGGUCACUCUUUCACGCACCAAUAAUCACAGACCGAUUCCUCUCAAUCGAUCCUCAGUCCCACACUUGUGGGCACCUAAGAAAGAUAGUAGUAACUUCACCACACCUUAGUGCAUCUGCGUGCCCUCUGAAACAAGCAACUAUGCUGGUUUAAAUACUGUUGUGCUGAACACCAGCUAUCCAUCAAGUAGCUCCGCCCUUCUCUCUCUGUAGGAACUCAGAAGCUGGCAGUGUCCCUGCAGAAACCCCAAACAAACUGUGAGCAGUCUUCCUUUCUCUCUGUCUCAUUGUUUGUGCUGUACAGCUGCAUACUCUCUCUGUUUUUUUAAAAGCACAGUCCAUAAUGAAUAACUCGGGAUCCCGUCACAGUUCAGUGUUGAGGAAAGUGAAGAUAUCCACCCUUGUUCAUGGUUGAAGGGUAAUAACUGUUCCUGAACCUGAUGGUAUGGGAUCUAAGGCUAUCGUAUCUCCCUCCUGAUGGAAGCAAUAAAAAGAGAGCACGGCCUGGAUGGUUGGGGUCCUCGACGAUGGAUGCUGAUUUUUUUUUUGUGUGGCAGUGCUCAAAUAGUAGAUGUACUCGAUGGUGGGGAGGACUUUACCCGUGAUGGACUGCGCUGAUUCCACUACUUUUAAUAGACUUUUCUGUUCUUGGAUAUAUUGGUGUUUUCAUAGCAAGCCGUGAUGCAAUCAGUGCUGAGUUCCUCCUGCAUUUUGUGUGCAUUGCUUGGAUUUCUAGCAUCUGCAGAUUUUCUCUUGUUUGUGAUAGGAUACUUCUCUGUUUGCUAGCAUGAAAUUAAAUACCAUCAGGUAACAAAAUCCAUCAAUGGAUGUGGAGUAAAAGUGAGUGUGAAGUUAGGCCAGGGUCAACCAUUUUAUCAUUAAAUGGUUGAACAUGUUUGAAGGCAAAAAGAUCGAGUCCAGUCUCUGUUUGUUUUCUUUGCUUAGAUCUCAAUCACAGUCACAAAGAGUUUUUGCCUUUCAAGGAUGUUCACGUAUUAUGUAAUCUCCUAAUUACAUCUGGAAUGGAUUUCACCAUUGGACUUGGGGAAUUUCUAGCUAGAUUAAUAUUAUAAAGGAUAUUUGAAAAAGAGGUAGGACAUACCAGAGUUGUAAAGUUCUUCAAUCACCAUUCACAUUAAGUAAAUUAUGUUAUUACUUCAAUUAUCAAUUGUAAUUAAUAAUAAUGAAUCUCAACUUAUUCUAGUUUUUACUCAUUUUCUGAAUGUCAACUAUAUCUUCCAGAACCUUCCAUCAUUCUGCUUAGGCUGAUACAAUAGAGAUGAUAUCCUUUUGGACGGUAAGCCUACUAAAAGUGGAUAUGGACCAGUCCAUCACAGGAAAAGGCCCCCCCCCCCCACCACCACCACCACCACCACCACCACCACCACCAUUGAGCAUGUCUAUGAGCACUGCCAUAACAAAAGCAAUAUCCUUUUAAAUGGAGGGGUUAUGGGAUAGGUAGGAAGGAAGGGUUAAAUUGAUUUUGAACUAGGCUUAUGUAAUUCAGCAUAACAUUG